AUGGCACCGUACGAAGCAUUAUAUUGUAGAAGAUGUCGUUCUCCUAUCGGAUGGUUUGAAGCUGGUGAGACUAACUUAUUAGGACCCGACCUAGUACAAGAAGCUAUGGACAAGGUCCAGUUGAUCAGACAGAGAUUGCUUACGGCUCAAAGUAGACAAAAGUCUUAUGCUGAUAAGAGAAGAAGAGAUUUAGUGUUCACAGUGCCUGAAGUACCUACUAUACCGAUUGAUGAGAAGUUGUCUCACGAGGAGGAGCCGAUAGCAAUUGUUGACAGGCAAGUAAGGAAGCUACGGUCAAAAGAAAUUAUGUUCGUUAAAGUCUUAUGGAGAAAUCAUACUGUUGAAGAAGCUACAUGGGAAAUAGAAGAUGCUAUGCGAGUCAAGUAUCCUCAUUUAUUUUAG